AUGGGUAAUACGACUAGUGAUCCAUUAGACCAUAGUCUCAAGCGUCUUCGCUUAUCUCACACAGAACAACUAUCUCUUACAUCACCUUGUUCAACGUCUCCAAGAAGAAAAGUAGUGACGAAUAUUAUUCAAGACUUCGGGAGAAUUUCUAAUAAUCCUGUAAAUGACACCAAUGAUCGAUCACCUGUUCUUUUGUGUGAUGAUAACACUUCUGCUUCGUUAACUGCUCGAUUGUCGAAACCAAUCAUAAAUACAAGUUGCAAUGAAAAAAUUACUUUAAAUAAAAAUGUUACUUCCCGUGUCGAGUCAUCUGCAAGACCUAAUAUUACCAAUCAGGAUAAUGAUUCUAAAAAUGAAGAAUUAACUGAUGAGCAAAUAAUGAUUACUCUUCGUUCAGUGAAAUUUAUUUCAGAUUUAUCAGACUUAGAUAUAAUUGAUUGUUUAAAACAUGAAUAUCUUAGCACAUCACAUUAA